CUACCGUCAUCGCCAAACGUCAUAGCAAGCAGACGAUAUUUUUAAAAUUUCCCCAAACCAUGACCUAACUCCUAAAUCUUUCCUUGUCUUUCUCCUAUCUUUCUUUCCUCAUUCCUCCUGAGUGACAACAACAACUCCCAGUGUUUUAAAAGUGUUGUGUUCGUGCGUUUAGGUUACUGUGCAGUUUAUAAAUCUGUGAACAUCAAUAACAGAGUCAUCUAUGAGUUCCCAAGUGACGAAAUUUUCUAAGGCUGUUGCUUUUGUAAGAAAGCACCCUAUCGUUAGAGGAAUUGCAUCUUAUUCUGUGAUUUGGCCUUUAGGGAGUAUUGUACAACAAACUAUACAGGGCGAAGAAGAAUAUGACUUAGCAAAAGUAGCCAGAUAUGGAUUGUAUGGAUCUUUAUAUGUUGCACCUUCACUAUAUUGUUGGUUAAAAAUUGCAAAUACGAUAUGGCCUUUGAACACUCUAAGAUAUGCCAUCACAAAGGGAGUUGUUGAACAGUUCACCUACACACCUUUUGCCAUGUCCAGUUUCUACUUUGUCAUGAGCAUAAUGGAAGGGAAGAAUACUGAGGAAGCUAAGGCGGAAGUGAGAGCUAAGUUCUUGCCAACAUACAAGGUGGGAGCUCCAAUCUGGCCAAUAAUUCAGACAUUUAACUACACUAUGAUCAAGGAGAAAAACCGGAUCGUGUUUGUCAGUUUCUGCAGCCUCAUCUGGACGACUUUCUUAGCCUACAUGAAAAGUCUAGAGCAGCACGAAGUUCCCGGAAUCGUGAAAUUGGAGGGGGAAUCUCCAGCUGCGAAGAAACUCCGUGAAACCCACGAACAAUCGAACGACAAAAGUUGGAUCGUACGAAGUCAGAAUGACCGAUAAUGAUCGUAACUUUUAGACAAUUUUAUAUUAAUUUUAACAAAAUUACUAUACAUGUUGAACAAAUUUAUUUUUGUUAUCCUAGUUAUAUGAUUAAGUUUACUUGACUCCAAGUCAUUAAAAUCAUUGUACAAGUUAAAAAUAUAGGCUAAGAUAGAUGAGAAUAAAAUCUAUAUGUUUGUUAAAAAGUAGAAAUUGUUUUUUAUUUUGUUAUGAAAUAUGGUCAUUUUCUUGCCAAUAAUGUUUUGUAAUAAAAUGUGCAGAAAUAUUUACUAAGAUCAUUUUCAUAAAAGAAACUGGAAAUUUAUAAAAAUCUUAAAUAUUAUACUCAACAUCACAACGUUUCGUGGUCUACCGAUAAUAUUCCAUUUUUAAUAAUGACAGCUAUAAAUCUAUCUAACUUUUUACUUUACCAGAAUUUGUUCAAUAUAUUUUUGUUUUUAAUUUCAACCUCUCUCUACACAUUCUAGUCCUUUACAACUAUAGGCCUACUUAUAGUGCUUUCAUUCCUCAUGUUAUAGUAUUUUAGUUUUUAUCUGUCUGUGGUAUUAAAUAGUAUUUAGGUUUAUUGUUGAAUCGACCAGUUAUUGUUUACUGUGAGUAGUUCCAAUGGUUUCCUAGAUUAUUGACUUUCAAAGUAAUUUAAGGUUAUUUUAAAAUAGAAUUUUCUGAUUUCAUGAACAGUACUUAAUUGAAUUACAACCAUCCUGCUUUUACAUAAAAAAUCAAUAUUCAAGAUACAUUUCUUGGUAACGAACCUUAAAGGUAAAAAAUAAAUAUUUUCAAAGAAACCUUAAUAAUAUAAUGUACUGUCCUUGACAGAGUAAAAAUGUCUGGCGAAUGAUUUAUAAGCCAGACUGUUUGACUUCUUUCUUAAAAUAAACUUGAAGCCUUUGCCAACCAUGUGUAAGCAGCUGGCAAAAUGUUUCAUGUUGAAAUUGUGAAAAUAUAACUUAACCAUUGUUAUGGGUUCUGAAGGGUCCUUUAGUCUUUGUUUGAACAUGAUUUUAACCAAAUUUCUAUUUUAUAUUAUUUAUUAAUUAUUUUAAAUUCUUCACCUUAUAGUGUUCCUAACCAUCUACUAGUAGUGAGAUUUUUUGUGCCUUGAAUUCGUAAACAAGGUAAUUGAAAAUUAUGUUUAGUGAAUUUAGAAAACUGAAAAUAACAAAGCAACUGUUUACGUAAUUACAGCUUGUUAUGAAGAGUUUUUGACAACCCACCGCUUUUAGGAACAAAAUUAGUUUUAAAUAUAUCCGAACCUCACUUGAAAUAUGUAGGUACUUUAAAUGUUAACCAAAAUAUUGUGUGCUAGUUGUCUUAGUGGAUUUUACCAUUUAAGUGUUCAUUGCAAAUCUCAGGUAUGCUUAUAAAGUAGUAUAGAAUUUCCCCAAUCAAUUAAAAAAUAUAGUAACUUUAUAGGCUCCGCCAUAUAUUGAACGAACCCUGAGUGCAUUAUCUUUAUGAGUAUUGAGUAAAAGAUCUAAUGAACAAUAUUUUAUUUUAUAUCCAUACACUGUACCGUAUCUGAAGUAUUUGUUGUAGUUAUAGUUAAUUAGCUUUUGUGCUCUUGUGAUAUGAUUUUUAACAAUAAAAUAUUUAUGGA